UUGUGAAUUUUGAGGCCUUAAAAUUUUAUGUUUUAUUCUAAAAAUGAAUUUUGAAUAUAUAGGAUGUGAAUCCAAAGUUGAUCAUGAUAUUUGAGCCAUUAGUAAAAUUGCUCUGUAAAGAGAGAGUGGGCUCUGUGUUUAAUGCAAGCACCUCAGCAUGGUUUUCAUCCCAGGGGGCAUGUGUGGUCACUAUUUAGGGCAAGAAGUCCAGGCCAAGAACCUUACAUACCUUUCUCAACAGUCUCCUCUUCUGUUUCAGAACACAGAUUUGCCAAAAAGAAAUACAGUCCUGUCUGGGGAGCUAGCAAGCUGAUUGAUGCAUCACAAGGAAGAAUUUCAGCUUCUGACUAGUGUGUGAACUAUAUUCACUCACCUAACUCCAAAUUUCCUAAUGGCUCUGCUGCUGUUAUUUAGAGAUGGCCUUGAUUUGACUUCAAGAAGCUCGAGCUACAACAUGGACACGGUGGCUGCCGAGGACGUGGCUGUGGAUUUUACCCCAGAAGAGUGGGCAUUGCUGGAUGUUUCUCAGAAACAGCUCUACAGAGAAGUGAUGGUGGAGACCUUCACAAACCUAGCUGUAGUAGAAAAACUACCCCCUGAAGAUGUGACGGCAAGAUUGUGCAAAGACGAUGCCAGUGAUCCCGUGUUACAAGGAAUCCGUGAGUUUCGUGUCCAUGAAAAGCGGGGCAACAGCCAGAGCCUGCCUUUGAGAAAAUAUCUUCCAGUGACAUGCUGGGCAGGAUAUGAGGGAAAUUUUACUGCGGAGAUCUCUAGCCCAAUUUCAAUUCCUCCUACAUUAAAAAAACCAGGAUGCUUAUAUCCCAUGGAAUGUUUUCAGUAUGGAAAAUCAUCCAAGAAUCUUUGUACACUAGACUAUAAUGAGCAAUUUUACACUCAGUGCAAUGCUGCCCAAUUUAAGAAGCAAGAAAAAAAGAAUAUGCAAACUUCAGGAGAAUGUCUAACAGGAAACAAAUGCUAUGCGUAUAAGAAAUGUGGUAAAAAAAAUCAUCUUUCAACACUCAUGGAUGAUAUGGGAAUCUCCAAAGGAACUCAGUCUUAUGGAUGUAAACACUGUGGGAAGGCUUUUACUCAGUACACACACCUCACUCAACAUAUGAGAAUUCACAGAGGAGAGAGGCUCUAUGAAUGUAAAGAAUGUGAGAAAACUUUUUUUGACUCUUCUACCCUUAAACGGCAUGUGAGAAGUCACAGUGGAGAGAGGCCUUACGAAUGUAAGGAGUGUGAGAGGACUUUUACUCAAUCUGCAAUGCUCACUGGACAUCUGAGAAUUCACAGUGGAGAGAGGCCUUACGGAUGUAAGGAGUGUGAGAGAACGUUUACUACAUCCUCACACCUCACUACACAUAAGCGAGCUCACAGUGGAGAGGGGCCUUAUGAAUGUAAGGAAUGUGAGAAAACGUUUACGCAAUCUUCUUCCCUCACUCAACAUAGGAGAAUUCACAGUGGAGAGCGGACCUAUGAAUGUAAGGAGUGUGAGAGAACGUUUACUACGUCCUCACACCUCACUCGACAUAGGAGAAUUCACAGUGGAGAGAGGCCUUAUGAAUGUAAGGAGUGUGAGAGAACUUUUACUACAUCCUCACACCUCACUAAGCAUAGGAGAGUUCACAGUGGAGAGAGGCCUUAUGAGUGUAAGGAGUGUGAGAAAACGUUUACGCAAUCUUCAGUCCUCACUCAACAUAGGAGAAUUCACAGUGGAGAGAGGCCUUAUGAAUGUAAGGAGUGUGAGAGGACGUUUACUACAUCCUCAAACCUCACGCGGCAUAUGAGAGGUCACAGUGGAGAGAGGCCUUAUGAAUGUAAGGAGUGCGAGUACCCUGCGUGA